GGAGGGGGAGGGGGGCAUCGCGGUGAAAGACGGAGGACGAGGAAGGAGGUAGCUCCUGGAAGCUUGAGCCUCGGGUUAUCACGAGAGGCGAGUUAGGAGACGGGCGAGAUAGGAUUUCGAUCGAGGUACUUCCGUGCCUUAGCGGUUAAGAGCCGAUUAAUGCGAUCGCUCCUAAUUAGCGACCGGCUAUUUCGCAAUCGCAGUAGCUCGCUUUUCCGUCCGACGAGCACACUCGAUCCUCGCUGUUCGCCCACCGAGACGUCGUCCACGGAGGAAAGGUGAAUCGACCAUCGAUCCAUGUCGACUCGAGGCAUCCCCGGCGUCGUCACUCCACAAUGACGGCGAACACAGCUUUUCCGUCAAACGUCUUCGCGCUCAUUAUCGACUGAUCGACCCCGGACCGGCCGAUCAGACGCAAGGCUAAUCCAUCUCGAGCGUUAAUAGAACAAUUCAAUCGCGGACGGGGACGGACGAUGCUCGGUAAAAACACGUAAGGAUCGCCCGUGUGUGUGUGUGUGUGUGUGUGCGCGCGCGCGCGCGCGCGCGCCUAUCUUUCUCUUCCUAUUCUUCUUUCGCCGAGAGAGAAAGCGCCCUGUGGAGGACCGCACUCCCGGAAAAGACAAGAAGCUAAGAUGUGCGCGAGAUCGUUGCUGCUAUGCGUCCUCGGCGUCAUCGCUGUCGUCAACGAGUCCGAAGCCAGCUGGGAGGAAUGGUGGACCUACGAUGGUAUUUCCGGGCCUUCGUUUUGGGGUCUGAUAAAUCCGCAGUGGUCCCUCUGCAGCAAGGGAAGACGGCAGAGUCCUAUUAACAUCGAGCCGGACAAGUUGCUCUUCGAUCGUCACUUGAGACAGGUGCACGUCGACAAGCACAAGGUUUCCGGGAAUUUACACAAUACCGGACAAUUCCUGGUAUUUAGGGUAGACAGAGAGGCGAAGAUACGAGUCAAUAUAACGGGUGGCCCGCUCGCUUAUCACUAUCAAUUUGAAGAGAUAUACAUCCACUACGGAUUGGACGAUAGUCAUGGUUCCGAGCAUCGUAUCAAUAACUAUGCUUUCCCCGCUGAGAUACAAGUCUACGGUUUUAACGCCGAACUGUAUCACAAUAUGAGCGAGGCGCAGCACAAAAGUCAAGGACUAGUGGCGAUCUCGUUGAUGGUGCAGCUCGGCGAGAAGGUAAAUCCUGAACUGCAGAUCAUCACCAGUGUGUUCAGUAAGGUCGUACAUCGAGGGGAUACCGCACCUGUGCGCUAUCUGUCCGUGAAAGGCCUUCUCCCAGAUACAACCGGUUACAUGACUUACGAGGGCAGCACGACGCAUCCUGGUUGUUGGGAGACGGCAGUCUGGUUGAUUCUCAAUAAACCGAUUUACAUUACGGCGAAAGAGCUGUACGCCCUAAGGAGAUUAAUGCAAGGUCCUUCCAGUACUCCGAAAGCACCUCUCGGUAAUAAUUCCAGACCGCUGCAGGGUCUUCAUUAUAGAACUGUGCGAACAAAUAUCGAUUUUGCGAAGCGAGGUAGCGCCAAGUGCCCGUCGAUGGCGCAGGACAUGCAUUAUAGAGAUGACUUUUUUCUUCCAGCCAACACGUGGCGGGAUGACAGCUCCCUAUCGCACAACGUAGUCUGAAGACUGGCGACAGCGCGGAAGGACCACGAAAGAGAAGACUCUUUUCCAAAGGUGCGGGGACAAGGCGAGUGUUCGCGCGUAACGCGAGAGACGGAGACGGGCAGGGGCACGGUGAGAGAGAGAGAAAAGGAGCUGAAAUCAAACGCAGGAGAAUGCGGAAUUCGUUCGACCAGGUGCUUCAUUCACUUCGUGGCUGUGUGAGGAAAAGAAAAGAAAAUAUCGGAUACGUUAUAUCCCGAACGCUUGUAAACCAAACGCGGAGUCUUUUGACAAGUUCCCUCCACCGUAGCAAUUCGUGUGUCUCGGGACAAAUGAGUGAGCGAGUUCACGUAACCGUCGCGUCGUGAAGGAAAGAAAUUGUAUGUUUAAUUUGUAGGUAAGUUCGUCGCAUCGCGAUCGGCUUUCGGGCUUUACAUGUCGGUUCGGAAGUUCGGAGAUCGAAGUUGUGUUUAAAGUCACCGUGCCCCUCGCUGACGUGAGCGCGACAUGAGCGACGGGAAAGGGAAAACGAGAGCUUCCCGGUGUCUCCCAAUGUCUCUCGGGAUCUCGUUUAAGCUUUCGCUGAGUUCGCGCUUUGAGAAAUCUAACGAUUAUCAGGGAUCGGCGUAAUCUAAAAUAAUAUACAUACGUAUUAC